AUGUCAGAUAACGAUUCAGUUGAUCAAGUCGUCCAGGAGUUUGGUGAGGUAAAGGAGGAGAUCCAAGAGAAGGUCCACGAGGAGGUGGAGAAGGCAAAGGAGGUUGUGAAGGAGGCCGUCGAGACUGUUCAUGUCACCGCCGAGAAGGUCUCUGAGAAGGUCUCUGAAAAGAUACAAGAGGUCAGAAGUGAGAUAAAGGCCGGUGGAUGUUGCCCAUACUCUGCCUCUGGAGAGUACUCCAUCUGUCACCAAACCGCCAAGAUCUGUAACGCUAUGAAGUCAUUCCCAUGCCACGACUGCUGCAACAAGGUUCUUCUUUGGGAGGAUCUCGUCCAGACUGGACUGUUGUUCGUUAUUGGCAACCUCGUCUUCUUGUUGUUGUGCUGCUUCAAGUACAGCCUUUUGUCGUUGGUCUCAUACACUGCCAUGGUUGCUACCGUCGUCUCUAUGCUCUUCAACGUCGUCUCUAUCUUGUUGAACAAAUAUGCCAUCAACCUUGACAACCCAGUCACAGACAGAUUGAAGACAUUGAGCUUCCACAUCGACCAAGCCGUCGUUGAGAAGUACGUCAAGGGUAUCACCGAGCUCAUUAACGCUAUCCUGAGCAUUGCAAAGGAUGUCCUUAGCUGCAAGAGCUUGAUCCUCUCUGCCCAGUUCGCCCUUGCCUUCUUUGUCCUCGCCACCAUUGGCAAGUGCUGCAGCGGUCUUGGUCUUUUGUACACUGUGUUCCUGAUUGCAUUCAUUGCACCAAGAUUGUACUUGGAGAAGAAGCAACUCAUCGAUGAGCAGUUGGUCAAGGUCAAGGCCAUCGGACAGGAGAUCAUCAACAAGUUGCACCCAUACAUCAACAUGGUGUGCGGCCAUGCUGCUCCAGCCACCCCAGCUUCAUCAUCAUCUUCAUCGUCGACUACAGCCAAGCCAACAAAGAAAACCAAUUAA